AUGGGAAGCAAAGUUGUUGCCUACCUAGUUGUUUCCCUUUGUGCUGCCAUUUUUGUCACCCAGGGAGUAGCUCAAAUGCAAAAGCAGCCCACAAUUCCAGGACCUUUUCCAUUUGGCUCACCUGUUGAUCUUGUAAAAUGUUGGUCAUCUCUCUUCAAUGUUGAAGGAUGUGUGCUCGAAAUCUCUAAGUCCAUUUUAUCUGGAAAGUUUGAAAACGUUGAAGCCGCAUGUUGCAAGGUGUUUUCGUCCUUAGAUGCAAACUGUUGGCCUCAAAUGUUUCCAUUGAAUCCUUUCUUCCCUCCUCUCCUCAAGGACAACUGUGCACGCAUUGUUCCCAACUCUCCCGCUCCCGCACACAACUGA